GCAACGACGCUCUCACUGGUGUUUCCGUUCCCGGAAGAAGUUUAGAGGGAAAGGGGUUUUUUUUUUUCCAAGGACAUGGCCAAGGACGUCGAGGUGGUGGAGCAACACGGGGAGUUCCGCGGCAAGGACUACCGCGACCCGCCGCCGGCGCCCCUGGUGGACGCGGAUGAGCUCACCAAGUGGUCCUUCUACCGGGCCAUCAUCGCCGAGUUCGUCGCCACCCUCCUCUUCCUGUACAUCACCGUGCUGACGGUGAUCGGGUACAAGAGGCAGGCCGACACGGGCCACGGCGGGGACGUCUGCGGCGGCGUCGGCAUCCUCGGCAUCGCCUGGGCCUUCGGCGGCAUGAUCUUCGUCCUCGUCUACUGCACCGCCGGCAUUUCUGGGGGGCACAUAAACCCGGCGGUGACGUUCGGGCUGUUCCUGGCGAGGAAGGUGUCGCUGGUGCGGGCCAUCCUCUACAUGGUGGCCCAGUGCCUCGGCGCGGUGUGCGGGUGCGGCCUCGUGAAGGCCUUCCAGAGGGCCUACUACGAGCGGUACGAGGGCGGGGCCAACAUGCUCGCGGACGGCUACAGCAAGGGCACCGGGCUGGGCGCCGAGAUCAUCGGCACCUUCGUCCUCGUCUACACCGUCUUCUCCGCCACCGACCCCAAGAGGAAAGCUCGGGACUCCCACGUCCCCGUGUUGGCGCCGCUGCCCAUCGGAUUCGCGGUGUUCAUGGUCCACCUCGCCACGAUCCCGAUCACCGGCACGGGCAUCAACCCGGCCCGGAGCUUCGGAGCUGCGGUGAUGUACGACAAGGAGAAGGCGUGGGAUGACCAAUGGAUAUUCUGGGUGGGGCCAUUCGUUGGAGCGGCCAUUGCAGCCUUCUAUUACCAGUUCAUCCUGAGAGCUGCAGCUUUCAAGGCUCUUGGUUCCUUCACGAGCUCUUCCACCUUGUAAUUACGAAUAAUGCCCUCAAGACAUCAUCAGAAGGCUAAUCACAGAGGGGAGAGAGAGAGAGAGAACUUUGGUUCUUCAUGUGUUGUGUAAAUUGUGGGUCAGCAGUACGUACUGUGUGCUUGAGGCACUGGGUUUUUCAUUUUACGUGCCUAAGUAGUGGUGAGUUUUCUUAGUUCUGUUUUUCAUUUGGGUCAUUGUGGAACCAUGAAGUCCUAUGAAAAUGCGAGUUUAAUGCACUUUCUCCAAAUGCCACUUACUUUACCUUAUCAAUGUGCCGAAUGAGUUGCGGGCCUGAAGUCCUUUUCA